AUGCCCGUGUCGGACAUUCCCUUCGCCCACUUCGGUCCUUACAGCUACACUCCUGACAGACAUUAUUUCCCCUCGACGGGGCAGCCUCAGUUCGCCGCCCCGUUUUCCUUUCUAACCCACAGCAUCCCUCAGAUAACUCUUGCGUUCCAGCAGGGUAGAGCUUCUUCGGCCUACAAUAUGGCGGCGCUAUCUCCAGAUGAAAUGGAACGCUUCCAGCAACUGUCCAACAACUUUGAACCAAACGUCCAAGGACCUUUGGUGACCCCCAAACAGUCAAGCCAUGCCAUUGCGGAUGAAUACGCCAAUGCAGACCCGACAUAUGCGACUAAGACCAGUACGCUGGCGCUGACCCACCCCAUGUCGCGGAUCAUGAAGGGCGAUGGUAAUUGUGGCUGGAGAGCGGUCGCCUUCGGCUAUUUUGAAAAUCUGUUCUUGCUACGAGAUCCUCUUCGGGUCCAACGUGAAUUGAUCCGCCUCAAAUCGAUGAAUACGCUUCUAGAUCAGGUCGGACAGCAAGAACAUCUGUAUGAAAUCUUUGUGGAUGAGUCAGAAGCCGUUUUCAACCAGAUUCUCGAAGCCAUCCAGAAGGGCAUACAGGACGACUCUUUCCUAGUCCAUGCCUUCAACGAAGAAUACAAUUCUAACGCAAUCAUCACCCACUUCAGACUAUUAACGAGUGCUUGGAUGAGAUUGAAUCCUGGAAGAUAUCAAGCCUUCCUUUCCUUGCCCCUGGAGCAGUAUUGCGCGACAAGAGUCGAAACGGUCAAGACGGAGAUCGACGAGGUUGGACUCCAGGCUUUGGUCGACGGUGUGAUCGAAGGCUCGGAGCUUGCAGUCGAGAUCCUGUAUCUAGAUCGCAGUGAAGGCGAAGUUGUCACGCCCCAUCUACUGACACCUAACCGGCCGAGCGUUGGAACGAUUCGACUUUUAUACCGUCCUGGGCACUAUGAUCUACUCUACCGACCCGAACCAAUUGUGACUAUGGCACCCGUGGUGAAUUAUCAGUACGGAAUCACUUCUAACUACUCCCCCUGGGACCAAGGCGCACUCUCGUUCGACGUAGAUCCGCAUCUGAUGGCCAUUCCGAACCUCAUGAUGGACCCAGCUGCCUUUGCAGUCAAUCCGUCGCCCAUGUCCGCGCCAGUCUCAAACUCAUACAGGAUGUCACCUCCACACGACCUCUACCUCCAACACACCCCUCCUCCUGUUUCAAUUCCUUCCCCUCCUGUUGUGCCUAGAAUGUCAGCUCCGCCCCCACCAAUGACUUCUGCACCGAAUAGAUCCUCUGAUGGCCCGCAAAUUCGGCUGAAUCCCUUGGUCAUGAAAAACAAUUUGAGCCAUUCUCUUCCAGUGACAACACCGUUCAAGAAUUCUCCUUAUAACCAAGCACAUUUUCAGAACCAGGAUUUCGAGCCGAUCCACUGGGAACCCAACGAAUCACGCAAAUAG